ACUGUGCCCAUAGCUUAUGCUAGAUCCCAUUGCGUUGGGCAUCUUCUAGGCCUGGGCUACACGAUCUCAUGCCGCAGUGUGCGGUAAAUGGAAGGGAACAAUCAUGCUGCAGCAGCUAGGAUGGGGAGGAGUACACGACAGAGCACGGCGAGCGGGCGGGGCAAUGGCCAAAAGGAGGAGGAAUCUCGAUCUCAAUCUCAAUCUCAAUCCGCGCUUGCACUGCCGCUAGGCCACAGUGUGUGACGAGGGCUGCCGCAUCCGCAUAUAUGCUCCACCCCACCAAAUUUCCCCACUCCGAUGGGCCUCACCACGCCGAAAACCAUAAAAGAGAGAGGAACCAGACGAUAUCCGUCGUGGUUUAUAAGCAAGCAAUCCACCUUCACUCCCAGCCGAUUAUUAUCCCCAUCCCGGAAGCCGAAAAAUCCGAAGCGAUCCUCGCUGUCGUUGGCGGUUUACCCCUCGGGCUCGGGCGUUUUACGCUUGCGCCCCAUGCCCGGUGAAAAGUAGUCGCAGCCAGCCGAAAAUCCCCCCGUGCGCCCGCGGAGAGAUGCCCACGCCGGUAGCCGCGGCGAGGCAGUGCCUGUCGCCGGCGGCCGUGACGGCGCUCGACGCCGCGGUCGUGUCCGCGCGGCGCAGGGUGCACGCGCAGACCACGUCGCUCCACCUCGUCGCCGCGCUGCUCGCGCAGCAGGCCCCGCCGCUCCUCCGCGACGCGCUCGCGCGGGCCCGCAGCGCCGCCUACUCCCCGCGCGUGCAGCUCAAGGCGCUCGAGCUCUGCUUCGCCGUCUCGCUCGACAGGCUCCCCUCCGCCGCCUCCUCCUCGUCCGCCGACGAGCAGCCGGAGCCGCCCGUGUCCAACUCGCUCAUGGCGGCCAUCAAGCGCUCGCAGGCCAACCAGCGCCGCAACCCGGACACCUACCACUUCUACCACCAGGCCGCCUUCCAGGCCGCCACCGCCGCCUCGCAGGUCAGGGUCGAGCUCUCGCAGCUCCUGCUCGCCAUCCUCGACGACCCCGUCGUCAGCCGCGUCUUCGACGACGCCGGCUUCCGCAGCGCCGACAUCAAGCUCGCCAUCCUACGCCCCGCGCCGCCCAUGCCGCUGCUCGGCCGCCUCCCUACGCGGGCCCGCCCGCCGCCUCUCUUCCUCUGCAGCUUCGCCGCCGCCGACGACGCCGACGUGCCCUCGCCCGCCGGGAGCAUCGCCGGCGGCGCCGGCGAGGAGAACGGCCGCCGCAUCGCCGAGAUCCUCGCCCGGGGCCGCAACCCCAUGCUCGUGGGUGUCGGGGCCGCGUCCGCCGCAGCGGACUUCGCCGCGGCCUCGCCGUACCGCGUCCUCCCCGUCGGUCCAAACUCCAUCGACCAAACAGAACUCGGCGUGGAAGCGGCGAUGGCUGGCGCCACCUCCGGCCUCGUCGUAAGCGUCGGUGACCUCAGAGAACUGGUCCCCGAUGACGGCGAGCUCCAGGAGAGGGGGCGCCGGGUGGUGGCGGAGGUGACGCGGGUGCUGGAGACGCACAGAGAGGGGCGUGUCUGGGUGAUGGGGUGGUCGGCCACCUACGAGACCUACCUCACCUUCCUGUCCAAGUUCCCCUUGGUUGACAAGGACUGGGAGCUCCAGCUGCUGCCGAUCACGGCGGUGCGCGCCGGCGGGCUCAUGCCUCCGGCAACCACGGCAUCUCCUUUACCCAAGUCCGCAAGCUUGGUGGAAUCGUUCCUUCCUUUUGGUGGACUUGUCAGUGGUUCAUACGAGUCUAACAGCCUCGCAGCGCACCCUUGCCCGCAAACCCUCCGGUGUCAACAGUGCAAUGAUAGAUGUGAGCAAGAAGUCACAACAAUCGUUAAAGGGAGUGGCAUUACAGCUGAAGGCCAUCACCAGGGAGGUCCGUCUUCCCUGCUUCAGAAUGGCAGCAUGAUGGGUCUUAACAGUGGACUGGAUGCAAUCAAGGUUAGAGAUGAUCAGAUGGUGUUGAAAUCAAAAAUAUUGAAUCUGCAGAAGAAGUGGAACGAGUACUGCCUGCGGCUCCACCAAGGAAGCCAGAGGAUCAACACAGGUCCUUACCAGGUAUUCCCACAUUAUACUGGUGUUCCUGUUGACACAGAAAGAUCAGCAAUUCUGAGCAAAGGCUCCGAGUCGGUUACAGUUCAAAGGGAGGUUAUUAGGCCUUCUGCAGUACCUGCUACACAUACGAAUGCAACCCCAAACAAGAGUGUUUCACCUCCGUCUAUCUCCAACCAAAGGAACGAAGGCCUUGUGUUGAAUCUUCAAGGGAGGCAUUCAAAGGGUGACGAGCAAUUUCAAGACAGGCAUGCGCAGUUGCGGCAAGAACACUUGUCAAGCUGCCAUGAUCGUGAAGAUUGCAUGUCGCCAUCAGCUGCUGGAUCCGUGGCAACGGACUUGGUGUUGAGUACGCCUCGUGGAUCUUCAUCCAAGGGUACAAGCUCUGUGAGCUGGAAACAUGUGGUGGAUUCAGAGAAGUCUACCCACCUGACACCCAGUAAGGUGGAUGAUUUGAAUAUGAAGCCCCCACAGCCCUUUGCACAACCUUACAGCUCCCGGAGUUCCACAAAUAUGGGGCAACCAUCACCUAGUGCUCUGCAUUCACCAGCUUCAGGAGGCGUGUCUGCCUUUGGCCAAUGGCGAAAGCCCUCACACCUUGCAGCACAAGGUUCUGAUUUGAGCGACUACAAGCUACUCGUGGAACGCCUGUUCAAGGUGGUUGGAAGGCAGGAGGAAGCCCUGAGUGCUAUCUGUGGAUCCAUUGUUGGCUGCCAGUCAACAGAGAGGCGCCGCGGCACAAGCAGGAAGAACGACAUCUGGUUCAGUUUUCAUGGUUUUGACAGUAUGGCCAAGCGGAGAGUUGCGGUGGCGCUGGCAGAGCUCGUGCACGGCAGCCAAGACAGCUUCAUUUAUCUGGACCUAAGCCUCCAGGACUGGGGCGGCUCAAGUUUCAGAGGAAAGACUGGCAUAGAUUGCAUCGUUGAUGAGUUGAGCAAGAAGCGGCGCUGUGUGAUCUUCCUCGAUAACAUUGAUAAAGCUGACUGCCUUGUUCAGGACAGCCUCUCUCAUGCCGUUGACACGGGCAGAUUCCGAGACAUGCGCGGCAAGGAAGUUGCCAUUAAUGACUCCAUAGUAAUAUUGUCAACAAGAUUGGCGCGAUGCAGCAAAAAUGUCUCGGUUGGGGUGGAAGAGGGGCAUACUUUCUCGGAAGAGAAGAUCCUGGCUGCUAGAGGACGACAACUGAAGAUCUUGAUAGAGUCAGGCACGGAGAUCACCAGCAGAGGCCCUAGUAGCAGUAAGCUGGCAGUUUCCCCAGGUCACUCUCUCACCAAACUUCAAACUUCUGUGUACUCUGGUUGUGUCAGUAAGAGGAAAAUUGACAUUUCUGACGACCAAGAAAAGCAGCUAGAAUCACCGAGCAAUCCGAAGCGUCCGCACAGAACAUCAAGUGUGCCCUUCGACCUGAACCUCCCCAUCGGCGACGAUGGAUCCAGUGACGCUGACGGCGACGACGGCAGCAGCAACGACAGUCCAGAUGAGUCCAUCGACAGCCUCAUGGGUUUGGUCGACGGUGCGAUCGAAUUCAAGGCGUUCGACUUUGGCAAACUCGCCAACGACAUCCUGCAGGGGGUGAGCAGUGUGCUCGGCAGCAUCCUGGGCUCGGGCUGCACGUUGGAGGUCGGCGACGGCGCGAUGGAGCAAAUGCUUGCGGCCUCAUGGGCAUCGGAGGACGGGCGGCGGCCUCUGCGGGCCUGGCUGGAGCAGGUGUUCGCCAGGAGCCUCGAAGAGCUGAAGCUCAAGCGCAGCAAGCAGGCGAGCAGCUCUGCUCUUAGGCUAGUGGCCUGUGAGGACGGCGCAGCAGCAGCGACGGCGGCCAAGGAAGACGGCGGUUUUGGACCGCUGCUCCCCUCGAGAAUAAUCCUGGAGUGGCGAUGAAUGGAUGACGAUAUCUGUAUAUACUGUGAUGGAUCGCGUCAUUGUUGGUAGCUAGUCCACGGUAGUAUAGCGUUAUAAGCCUGGUUGCGAAUUAAAUAAGUUGUAGUCCACACUAGUUGAUUGCUAGCAGUCUACCUCAGUUGAUGAUGCACUGCCUUCGUCGAUCAAUAUAUAUUGGCAAGUGUAUAGAUUUUGACUGUAACUAUUGUUGAUUUCUUUGCCAAUGUAUACUGAUUGUAUAUGUGGUGCUGCAAAUAUAUAGUAGCUUUGUUAUUUAGA